AUGACAGGGUUCAACAUCGGAAUGAGGAUGGUUGCCGGGAAGCGAUACUACGGUGACAAGGUGAUGAAUGAGGAAGAAGCUUGCCAAUUUAGAGACAUAAUUAAGGAGAUGGUUUCUUAUGCGGUAUCAAAUAUUCCAGGAGACUUCUUGCCCUUAUUCAAUUGGAUCGGAUGCAAUGGUAGUUAUGAAAGCAGGAUACGGAAUCUUGGUAAUAGGAUGGACCAGUUCAUGCAAGGCUUGGUUGACGAGCAUCGGAAAAGGAAAGAGAGCGAAAACACCACGAUUGAUCAUUUACUUUCUUUGCAAAAAUCGCAGCCUGACUACUGCUACACUGACCAAAUUAUCAAAGGCCUUGUACUGGUAUUGUUAUUGGCUGGGACGGACACAUCAUCAGUGACAAUAGAAUGGGCUUUGGCCAAUCUAUUAAACCAUCCCCAUAUCUUGAAGAAAGCUAGAAUUGAACUUGAUGAACAUGUUGGGCAACAACGUUUGGUGGAUGAACAAGAUCGUUCUAAACUACCAUACCUCCAAAAUAUCAUCUCCGAAACAUACCUAGCAGCGCCAAACCUUGUGCCACAUUUCUCUUCCGCCGAUUGCCAAGUUGGCGGAUAUGACGUGCCGCAGGGUACCAUUGUAUUGAUUAAUGCAUGGGCGAUACACAGAGAUCCUAGUAUGUGGGAUGAUCCAGAUAGUUUUAAACCUGAGAGAUUUGAAGUGGAUAAAGAUGAACAUGAUGAGAUGCCGUACAAGCUACUGCCAUAUGGCAUUGGAAGGAGGUCAUGUCCUGGAGCUGGGCUGGCCCAACUUAUAAUGGGCUUAACAUUGGGCUCUUUGAUUCAGGGCCUAGAGUGGGCGAAAGUGAGCGACGAGAAAAUUGAUAUGGCCCAAGGUGAAGGUAUGACUAUGCCCAAAGCUGUUCCGUUGGAGGUCACGUGUAAAGCAUGUCCUAUUAUGGGCAAUGUUCUCUUAGUGUCUUGGGAUCAAAUUUAA